AUGGCCCAAACAACAACCACCAAUAACAACAAAAUGGAUUUAAUUAAUGUACACGUGCAGCAAAAUUUGGGUGUUAAAGAAAUUAGCAAAAGUUCGAGGCACUUGACAAUCAGUCCCAAGUUGAUACCGUUUACACAGACUUUGCAAAGGCCUUUGACCGAAUUGAUCACAGAUGGAGAACACGUCACCAGGAGUGAUGUUGUAAAAGAUUUGGGAAUUUAUUUUGAUUCUCGGCUCUCUUUUCGGUUCCAUAUUGAUGAAGUAGUAAAACAUUCACUCUCUUUGCUUGGAUUUAUAAUUAGACAAUGUCGUGAUUUCACUUCUACUGAACCUAUGAAAAUGCUGUUUAAUGCGUACAUUAUAUCACGCUUACAAGAUUUAGACAUAAUCUAUCAAUUGAGUGCAUCCAGUUCCAGCGUACAGUUUUUUUACCAAAACGUCCGUGGCUUACGUUCUAAGGUAAUUGAUUUUUAUAACAAUGUCUGUUCCUAUAACGGUGAUAUUAUUGUCUUAACGGAAACUUGGCUCACAAACGACAUUUCUGAUAGUGAAUUAUUCCCAGAUAAUUAUUUCAUUUUUCGUCAUGACAGAGAUAUACAUAGAUUAAAUUUGUCUAGAGGGAGUGGAGUUCUCUUAGCAGUAGCAAACAAGUUCUUGUGUCAAAAAAUUGACUUGUCUAUGAUUACCGAAAUCCUGCCGAUUAUUGACAUAAUCGGUGUCAAAUUAUCUUUCAACAAAGGGUUACACUUCUACAUUUUUGCAAUUUAUAUCCCUCCAUGGAUUACUUCGCACGACUAUGAAUUACUCUUUAAUAUCCUUAGCACUGUUGACGAAUUAAAUAAGAAUCAUGUUAUCAUAAUAGGUGAUUUUAAUCUUCCCAUGUUUAAUACCAACAUUAUUAACAACUAUGGCGUAAUCUUAAAUAACUUCUAUUUGUUUUUUAAUCUGUCUCAGUACAAUGAAAUAGUAAACAGUCACAACCGUGUUUUAGAUCUGAUUUUCUCGACCAAUAAUUGUUUAGUUGAUAGAUCUAAUGAACCAUUAGUACCAGAAGAUCCGCAUCACCCAGCAUUAGAUAUUUUUAUUCAAACAAACUCAGUGCUGCCCAUGAAAUUUCAAAUGAAUAGUUCAAAUAAAAUCUUUAACUUUAAGAAAGCUGACUUUCAUAAGCUCUACAAUCAGCUGGUAGUUACUGACUGGUCAUUCCUGCAAAGUUCUGGUGAUGUUAAUGACGCAUGUACAAAGUUUUAUGAUACUCUUACCGCUAUCCUCGAAGAUUCUGUUCCUAAAAUAUCCAACAAGCCGAAACGAAGUUCAAAUUAUCCAGAUUGGUUUGAUAAUACCAAUAUCAGAUGUCUUCGUGACAAGCACUAUGCGUUAAAGCAAUAUAAAAAACAUAAGUCUCAACACCACUUUGCAUUAUUUAAGCAGUUGCGUUCCAAAUCAAAAAAAUUAAUCUAUUCAGCUCAUAAGCGGUAUUUAUUCGAUAUUCAAGAAUCGAUCACAGUUAAUCCAAACAGAUUUUGGACUUUUAUACAAAAGAAAAAAGGAAGCACGCGAAUACCUGGGUUAAUGAAUUUCAAUAAUCAAAAAUUAACCAGUCCAGAAGAUAUUGUCAACGCAUUUGGAGAAUACUUUAAAAGUGUAUACAAUCCCUCUAAUGUCAAUAUUAACAUACCAGCAAAAACACUGUAUUAUCAUCCAGUUAGUGUCACAACUAUGUCCCAAGAUGAAGUCAUUGCAGCACUGAAGAGUUCUAAAGACACUCUUAUAACGGGAUUCGACGGUAUACCUAGCUUCUUUUUGAAAGACUGUGCUGACAUCUUCGCUAAACCUUUACUCUAUAUUUUUAAUUUAAUACUAAAAACUUCAACUGUGCCGAACAUCUGGAAAAAAUCAUUCGUAUGUCCAAUCUUCAAAAAAGGUGAUAUUGAUAAUAUUCAAAAUUAUCGUUCUAUACCACUAAUGUGUCCCCCGAUCUAA